CCACAUCAUCAUCUUCAUCUCAGGAUGGAAGACGUAGUAGCUGCAGAUCGUAGCCUGAACUCAAAAUGCGGUUGGUUGUUCGUACGCUAUUGUAUCAGCAAGACAGCACUGCUACACUUUUACUGAACGCGUGACCCUGCCUGACUCUUGACUAAGAUGUUAGUUACCCAUUACAGUUACCCAUUAGCAGCACUGCAUAAUAGUACCACUGUUUGCCAAAAUGUGGACAUGAACAACACAAGCGUAUAGUCUUAAGGUUACACGUCAAAGAUGGUGUCUAACACAUUACUGGAGCUGCGUUCCAGCUGGGCACAAGCGUUAGCUUCGCUCAACCCAGUUGAAGAGGGCAAAGUAGCUUUGCUGCUGCAGUUAUGCGGUCAACAGCCCUUGCACGAGUUUGAUGGAGGCUCUGUAGCUUCACACGCCGCCCGGGAUGUGGUUGCAAGUAUUCUUCCGUUGAUCAGCUUUCUGAACAAGUCAGGUGGCCAGCGGGUGGACCUGGUGAUGCCUGAGGUGGUCCGCCAGCUGCCGCUGGUGGCGGCCUCCUGGAACGACCCGGUGUCGGACCCCGAUGCCCUUGAGCGGCUAUUUGAGGAUCUGUUCACCAGCCUGCGCAGCCUCCUGGCCAACCAGGACGUGCAAGCCUCCUGGCGCCGGGCCCUCAGCGCCGCAGUGGCGGAACUGUUGAAGGGACUGUUGCAGACAGUGCUACGCAUGCGCAAGGAUGAGCCCGCCGCCACCGUCGUAGCAGGAACAGUACCAGCACCAUCACCAGCUGCUGCCGCCCCUACGUCACCGCUUUCUGCGGCCGCCCCGGCGCAGAUACUGCUCCGUACGUUGACCCGCAGCCAGGCGUUUGCGGCGGGCUCCGGCCUGCCGCUGCUGUCGACGGAUGCGCAUGCGCUGCUGUCGUGGAUGGCGGAGAGCGUGCUGCCACCAGGCGGCAGGUUACCAUCGACAGGCCCCGUGACGCCGCCGCCGGGCUCCCGCGCCGCCGUCGGCGCGGCUGCCGCUGCAGACGAAAAGGUGCUGCUGCUGAUGGCUCAGCUAGUCCGAACCAUGCUAGCAGCGGCGCGACAGCAGCAGCAGCGGCCGUUCAUAUCCGUUGGUGGAGCUGCCGCCCCUCCUGCCGCUCUUACUGCUGACGACGCGGCCCCCGGCGACGUCGCAGCCCAUCAGGAGCUGAUUGCUCGGGAGCGUGUGCUGCUAACCACCCUGCUGACAUGGUCCAUGGGUCAGGUGCGUAGCGUGCUGACGAAGCUGCUACAGCCGGCCGUAGGCGUGGAGGCUCUGAGCUCCAUGCUGCUCACUGGGAAGCAGCCAGCUACAGCCGCGCCGCAGCCCUCAGCGGGAGUCACACGCGCCGCCGCACGCCUCGCUGCUAGCGCAAUGUACGGCCUUCUGCUGCGGGCGGGCAGCGUGGGGGCUGCGAGUGUUGCCGCUGCUGCUACGGGCUCGGCGGGCGGGACGGCGGCAGCAGUAGCAGCAGCGGCAGCGGCGCCGUCAGGUGUGCUAGCGGAUGCGGCGAGGGGUCAGCUGCGGGAUGUGAUCAGCAUGCUGCUAGACAUGUCGGAAGCGUGCGUGUCGGCGGCGCUGGAGAUUGGGCCGCAGGUGGCGGCUUCGGACAAGAUGCUCGACACGGCCGCCUACAUCCUGGAGGACUGCUCCUCCCUUAUCAUCAUAGCUGCACGCGAGGCAGCCGCCGCCCUUCUAACCUCAACCGCCUCCAACGGUGGCAGCAGCGGCUCCGCUAGCGGCGCCUCGCCAACACCAGCACCCCCGCGCGCCUCCGCCACCGCCACCGCUGCCGCGCUGGAUGUGGGUACCGUCUUCUCCCGCCUCAAAGCCAUCCUGCUCGCCGCCGCAGCCCUGGUCCGCCCGGUCCACGAACAACCACCCACCGAAGAUACAAACGGCAACCCCGCUGCCGCCGACUCCGCUGCCGCUUGGCGGCGGUUCUGGGCAUGGGACAUCAGCCGUCCGCUCACCGCCUCCUACGCCUCCAACGUUGGCCGCGUGGCCGGCUGGGGCGCGCAGCGCCUGUGCUGCAACGUUGCGGAGGCCCUUGCCUGCGGCCUGGCCGCCAGCUAUCACACGGGUGCCAGGGCCUACGUGCGUGCGCUGCUGCUGCUGCCGCUCAGCCUACCGGACGCAGCGGCGCCGGCGGCGGGCAACGAGGCGCAGGUGCUGAGUCUGGCCAUGGGGCGGCUGUUCGUGUUGCUGCGGGGGGAGGAGCAGCUGGCGCGUAGCAUGGUGCCGCUGCUGACGGACGUGUUGGGGCAGCCGGCGGGAAGCGGCGCGGGGGUGUCGCUGCAGGCGUCGGUGGUGCAGACGCUGGCAGCCAUGGCCGCCAGCAGUGUGCGUGCGGAGCGCGGCACCACAUGGGCCUACUCGCAGAUCACGGACGUGCUGCUGCGGCUGCUGCUGGACGCACGGCAGCCGGGGGCGCCGGCGGCGGGCCUGGUGGCCGGCGCGGCGGGCCCGGGGGCCGGAGCGCUGUGUGCGGGGCUGCUGUCGCUGGCUAAGAGCAUGCGCGGCGCCGUGCCGGCGGCUCGUCGCGAUCUGCGCAAUCGGUUGCUGGUGCAGUUCGGGGAGUUGGGGCUGCGAGCGGGGGGGCCGGGUGGCGGCGCGGGUGUGGUUUCGGAGCUGGGCCAGCUGCUGCCGGCGGUGGCAGAGGCGUGCGAGGGGCUGGAGGGCGGACUGGCCUUCGGACAUGACUCCUCCGCCAGUCGCUUCAGCCUGCAUGACCUGGCGGCGCAACAGCAGCAACAGCAACGGAAUGGCGGGCCGGGGGGACACAAGACGGACUUGCAGUUGGUUAAGCUGCUACGCAACCUGUGGCUCACCUGUGCGCUGUUCGGUCUGUGUCGGGGGCAGUCCGCCCCGCCGCCGCAGCAGGCGGCCGCGGGGCGCAUCGCGGCAGUGACCCCGGUGUUGCUGCUGGGGGAGGCGCCCACCAGCGAGGUGGACAUGGCGGAGCAGCUCAAGGCCGAGCUAGGCGAGCGGCUGCGGCUGGCGGGCCCCGCUGCCUCCGCCCCCGCCCGCCUGCGCGCCUCGCUGCAGGCCACCCUGGGCGUCUCCCCGGGCGGCACCCCGCAGCCGCCGCCCGACGCCUUCAAGCAGGCCUACCUUCUCACGGUGGCGACUGUGGAGCUGUGCAGGGCCAAGUAUGCGCCGCUGGUGGCUGAUGGCGAGUCCAGCCCUAUUUCCGUGGCGCUCACCUACCUGCAAUCGGCGGACCCGCAAUCUGCGGACGCAGCAUGGUACGGAGCCGUCGCGGAGAAGGCCUUCGCCACCUACCUCGCCCGCCUGCAGGAGGAAGCCGCCGCUGCCGCCAUGACCACCCCCUCCUCCUCCUGCCAACCCCCUCUUUUCGCCGUCCCGACCUCCGUCUCCGCCUCCUUCACCUCUGCAUGCGGCGCCGCUCCCGACGACAGCCACCGACGCGCCUCAACCUUCCCCGGCGAUCACGGACCCAGAUACGCCGGACUGCCCGACGGUGUACCUCCCACCGCCGUACAACCAUCCGCCUGGCCCGGCGACGGCGUCAGCCUCUCCAAUAACAGUGCCGAUAGCGAUGAAGACGGCGCGAACGGCGUCAACGGCACCGCCGGCGGCGCCAGCGCUGGCGCCAGCGGCGGCGCUGCCAACGUGUACGAGCGCUGUCUGGAAGGUCUCGCCGUGACGCUGAUCCGUCAUUUGGGAGCCGCGGGGGGCCAUGAGGAGGGAGUCGCGCCGCAAGCAGCCAUCGUGGCGGACCGGCUGCUGAACCGCCUGCGCCGCGCCUACCCGCCCAUCUACUGGAGUCAGGCAUGCGUGGCGGCGCUGCUGCGGGAGCUGGAGACGGAGGAGGGGCUGGAUCGCCCGCUGAGCGAGGUGCACUCCAACGGCAGCAGCGGUAGUAGCCGUGGUGCGGGCGCGACGUCAGCGUCCGCGGGUGGUGGUGGGGGUGGGGGUACGGUGUGGGGCUGGCUGCGAUCGUGGGUGCAUGCGGCGGCAGUUGCGGCGCCGUCGCGGACCGAGGCGCUGCUGCACCAGUUCCUGGGACAGUCCAGCAUCGCCGCCUUCACGCUCGGCUCGCUCUCCUCCUUCUCCUCCUCCUCCUCCUCCUCCUCGGCCUCCCUGUCGGCCGCCGCCCCCUCUGCGGAGCAACGAGUGCACGCGGCGGCUCGGCGGCGUGCGGCCGACCUGCUGGCGAUCUGCACGGAGGCUCGGCGGCGGGGAGCAGGUGGCAUGGGCGGUGCGGGCGCGGACGAUGCGACCAUGGCGGCCCUGUGCAUGAAGCUCUUUUACACUGGCGCCAUCGUGGGGGUGCAGUACACCGCCGGCGGCGCCUCCGCCAGCCCCGCCGCCGUCGCCGAAGUGGCGCUCGCCGCCCUGGAGGAGGGCCUGGCGGCGGCGCACCACAACGUGCGGCUGCUGGAGCAGCGCUACCUGGGCGCGGCUGCCUUCCUGGCGCGGGAGGCGGACGAGGAGGCGGAGGCGGCGCUGGUGAGCAGUGCGGCGCAUGCGGUGUGCUACCGGGUGCUGCAGGGGCUGUGCAUGGCGCCGCUGAGACGCUUUACACCCGACAUGAUGAGCCUGGCCGUGUUCGCAUGGACGUGGAUCACCACCGCGGGGCCCACCUGGCUGGUGCCGCUGGUCAGCCGCACGGGGGCCGCAUGGGCGCAAACAGUGGACCGGGGCAUGGGACUGUUCAGUGGCCCAUGGGUCGCAAGUGAGCAUGACGGCGCCGAAGGCGACGCCGCCGCCGAAGGCGGCGGCGAUGGCAACGGCGACGUGGGCUGCAGCGAGGCCGAGUCGGAGCUCUUAUCCACAUUGGCGAGUCAUCACCAGUGGAUCGGCUUCCUGUACGAAAUGUGGUGUUCGGCGGGCGACCGAACCGACGCGGAGCAGCGCGCGCUAGCGUCAGUGUACGACCGACUGUUGCAUCACUCGCUUUCCGCGCCCGAGCGACUGAGCACGCAUCCCGCUGCCGCAGCACCGUUGUUUCGGUUGCUGCGGUUGGCGUUAACGUACUGCCUGCAUUGCGCACGGCUGCGGCCGGCGGGGGCGCCUUGUCCGCCGCCGCAGGCGUUACUGUACGACAGGCUGGUCCGUGCGGGUUUGCUUUGGUUCGCUCACUCCCCGGGUUUCACGGCACGCAUGUCUCAGCGGCAGGCCGAGGAGCAGCAUGCGGCGGUUGCGGACUUUGCUGCGCUGCUGGCGUCGGCGGGGGCCUGGCCGGCGGUGACGGCGGCGCCAGUGUACGACAAGAGCAAGCAUGGGCCGUCGGCGGUGGAUGCCGCCACGUGGGCCUCCCACCCGCCCGUCAGCGCCGCCGUGUGGGGCCCCGCCGCCAAGGGUCUCCGUACGGCCGACGCCGUUGCGUUGCUGCAGGUGCUGUGUCGCGCAGAGGUGGCGCGGCUGCGAGUGUGGGCGCGGCCGCUGGUGCAGCCGGGGGCAGCGGGGGAGCCGCCGCUGGUGCUGUCGGAGGCGCACGUGAAGACGGCAUGGAAGGUCUCUCCUCAACUCGCCGUCUCCAUCGUCCAGCGCUGCCCGCCUCCUCCCACCUCCAGCGAGCCGCACCGCACCCUGGAAGCCCUACUCAUCGCCUCGGCGGCCGACCCACGGGUCCAAGCGCUGCCGCAAGCCGCCCUGGUCCUCGCAACGCCCGAGGCGGCUCGCCGGGACGCGCCGUACCUGGCAGCGCUAGCCACGUGGGCCCCCGCGGGUGCGGUGGAAGGGCUGGAGCUGAUGAGUGGGGCCGCGCAGCUGCAUGCGGGUAUCAAGGCGUAUGCGCUGCGCUGCCUGCAUGCGGCCCCGCCGGCUAAGGUGGCGUUCUUCUUGCCGCAGCUGGUGCAGGCCCUGCGCUCCGACGCCGACGGCGCCACCUCGCGCUUCCUGCUGUCCACCGCCGCCUCGGAUGACCUCUUCGCGCACCAGCUCAUCUGGGCUCUGGCAACAGAGGAGCGCCCGCCGCCCGAGGCCUUCAACCCGGAGGUCAAACGUUCCGGCUGGCAGCCCCCGCAGGAGACGGGUCUGUGGCAGCCCGCGGCGCAGCUCAAGGCGGCGGUGCUGGGCGCGCUGAGCCCCCCGCGUGCCGCUUUCUGGGAGGCGGAGGAGCGCUACUUCGACCAGGUCACCAGCAUCUCGGGCAUCCUCAAGAAGCUGGAGCCGGACGAGCGGCGCGCCAAGAUCCGUUCCGAGCUAUCCCGCAUCUCGCCCUCCCGCUCCGACCUGUACGUGCCCACCAACCCCGACUGCCGCGUGCUCGCACACCUCCCGGAGAGCGGCACGCCCAUGCAGAGCGCGGCAAAGGUUCCCAUCCUGGUCGCCUUCCAGGUGUUCCAACAGCCGCAGCCCCAGCAGCCGCAGCCCCAACAGCAGUCCCCCCCCGACACCGCCGCCCCCCUGCCGCCGCCGCUCAGCCGCACCCUGGCCUGCAUCUUCAAGGUCGGGGACGAUGUACGGCAGGACGUACUGGCGCUGCAGGUGAUCUCGCUGCUCCGCAGCGCCUUCCAGACCGCCGGACUGGACCUCUACCUGCGCCCCUACGGCUGCAUCCCCACGGGCUACGAGCGGGGGAUCAUAGAGGUGGUGCCGCACACCAAGUCACGUGCCGCCAUGGGCGAGCUGUCGGACCGGGGGCUGCACGAGAUCUUCGUGUCGCAGUUCGGCCCCCCCGGCAGCGCGCGCUUCGAGGACGCGCGCCGCAAUUUCAUCACCAGCCAGGCGGGGUACGCCGUCGCAUCCUUCCUGCUGCAGGCCAAGGACCGCCACAACGGCAACCUGCUGGUGGACUGCGAGGGGCACCUGGUGCACAUCGACUUUGGCUUCAUCCUGGACAUCAGCCCGGGAGGCAACCUGGGCUUUGAGAGCGCCGCAUUCAAGCUCAGCCACGAGAUGGCGCAGCUGCUGGACCCGGGCGGCUGCAGGAACUCGGAGCACUUCAGGCGCUUCGAGGAGCUGUGCGUGCGGGGAUACCUGGCGGCCCGCACCGUGGCCGAGCCCAUCAUCGCCACCGUGGCGCUCAUGGCGGCCAGCGGGCUGCCCUGCUUCGGCUACGGCCGCCCGCUGGCCAACCUACGCAAGCGCUUCCACUUGGAGAUGAGCGACGGCGCUGCAGCGGCCUUCAUGCGGGGGGCCAUUGCGGACGCCUACCAGAAGUGGACCACCGGGUUCUAUGACUACAUACAGGCGCUGCAAAACAGGAUUCCGUAUUGAGGGGGGGAAGAAUGAUAUGUGCAGCAACGAGUCCGUUUUGAGGGGGGAGGAGGAGGAGGGGGAGAGGGAGAGCCAGUGUGUUGUUUGACAGGGGGAAACUAGGAUGCCGUAUAGAGGUGGAGGAGGAGGAGGUGUGGGGCGUGUGUGAGAUGCCGUGCUGGUUUUGUCGUACUGUUGUGAUAGACGUGGAGUGUGCCGCGCUGGGUAUAAAGGUGUAUACAGGGCGUAUGUAUGUGUCGUACAUGACGUCGUCUGACAACGUAUCGUACUUCAUGCCGUACUUUUACGGGCUGUACAUCAUGGCAAACGAGUGGAACAGCGAUUGGAUGCCGUGUGACACGUGUGAUGAGCAGAAGGCUUGGAAGUGCGUCCUUCCCUUGGGGCCUUCCUCUACCGGAGCAUUACAUCCCAUUACCACCCACGCCUGACUUACAUCCCGGACUGUUACAAAAGGGAUGCGAAGAGUGCUGACUUCCUUUGAAGCGUUUC